AAAAAAGAAAAAAAUAAUACCAAACUCGAUCUAAAUCUCAAACCCCCUCUCGAUGCAAAGCUAAGUUCACUCUAUCUCUCCAUGAGACUCUCUGAUUCACUCAUAACCGGGGAGCCCAAACUCGCCGUCGACUCAUUGAGUCAACUCGCCACCGUUACUCACAUAGCGAAAAAGAACAAAGAAGAAAAUUUAGAAAACACUCAUUUCCUAAUUCAGCAACAGAUCUGACUCGCUGAGCCGGCUCUUAUCUUCAACUCGGGAAUGGCUUCUUCGGAAGCCGAUUCCCGGCUAAGCCAGGUGAUAUCUCCGGCGCUCGAGAAGAUCGUCAAAAACGCUUCGUGGCGUAAACAUUCCAAGCUAGCUCACGAGUGCAAAUCCGUUAUCGAAAAGCUCAAACUACCUCCCAAGGAGCAAGAAGAACCAACCGGACCCGAACCCGAACCCGAAUCCGAGUCCGAUUCGUCUGGCCCGGGUCCGCUCCACGACGGCGGUCCAAUCGAGUACUCCCUCGCCGAUUCCGAGUCGAUCCUCAGUCCACUCAUCAGCGCCGCCAAUUCCGGCUUUCUCAAAAUCGCUGAUCCCGCCGCGGAUUGUAUCCAGAAAUUGAUUGCCCACGGUUAUCUCCGCGGCGAGGCGGACCCGACCGGCGGCGAUGAGGCGAAGCUGCUGUCGAAUCUGAUCGAGUCCGUGUGCAAAUGCCACAGUUUAGGCGAUGAUCAGAUGGAGUUGUUGGUUCUCAAGACGCUGUUGUCGGCAGUGACCUCGAUCUCGCUGCGAAUCCAUGGGGAUUGCUUGCUUCAGAUCGUGAGGACGUGUUACGAUAUCUACCUCGGGAGCAAGAACGUGGUGAAUCAGACGACGGCGAAGGCGUCGUUGAUUCAAAUGUUGGUCAUCGUUUUCCGGAGAAUGGAGGCGGACUCGUCGACCGUGCCUAUUCAGCCUAUUGUGGUGGCGGAGUUGAUGGAACCGGUGGAGAAAUCCGAUGCGGACGGUUCUAUGACAAUGUUCGUGCAAGGGUUUAUAACGAAGAUAAUGACGGACUUUGACGGAGUUUUUCAUCCGGCUACGCCUGGGAAGUUAUCGUUGGGCGGUCACGACGGUGCAUUCGAGACUAGGACGGUUGAGACGACGAAUCCAGCGGAUUUGUUGGAUUCUACGGAUAAGGAUAUGUUGGAUGCGAAGUAUUGGGAGAUUAGCAUGUAUAAGACGGCUUUGGAGGAUCGGAAAGGUGAAUUGGCGGAUGGGGAGGGAGAGAGGGAUGAAGACUUGGAGGUUCAGAUUGGGAAUAAGCUUCGAAGGGAUGCAUUUUUGGUGUUCCGGGCGCUUUGCAAGUUGUCGAUGAAGACACCUCCAAAGGAGGCGCUGGCUGAUCCACAGUUGAUGAAGGGGAAGAUUGUGGCUUUGGAGUUGUUGAAGAUUUUGUUGGAGAAUGCUGGUGCUGUGUUUAGGACUAGUGAGAGGUUUUUAGGUGCCAUUAAGCAAUACUUGUGUCUAUCAUUGUUGAAGAACAGUGCUUCAACGCUUAUGAUUGUUUUCCAACUUUCUUGCUCCAUUUUCAUAAGUCUGGUGUCAAGAUUUAGAGCUGGAUUGAAAGCAGAGAUUGGAGUAUUUUUUCCUAUGAUUGUUCUCAGAGUUUUAGAAAAUGUUGCUCAACCUAAUUUUCAGCAGAAGAUGAUUGUGCUUCGGUUUCUUGAGAAGCUCUGUGUUGAUUCACAAAUCUUGGUGGACAUAUUUAUCAACUAUGAUUGUGAUGUUAAUUCUUCAAACAUAUUUGAGAGAAUGGUCAAUGGACUUCUUAAAACUGCACAAGGUACCCCGCCUGGUGUAGUCACUACAUUGUUGCCACAACAGGAGGUGACCAUGAAACUUGAAGCUAUGAAAUGUUUAGUGGAAAUUCUGAAAUCAAUGGGAGAUUGGAUGAAUAAACAGUUGCGUAUUCCAGAUCCUCAUUCCACCAAGAAAUUUGAAGCAGCUGAUAGCAGUCAUGAACCUGGAAAUCUUCCCAUGGCAAAUGGGAAUGCAGAUGAACCUGUUGAAGGAUCUGAUUCUCAUUCGGAAGCUUCCAACGAGGCUUCUGAUGUUUUGACAAUUGAGCAACGACGAGCUUACAAGCUGGAACUUCAGGAAGGUAUAUCUCUUUUCAAUCGGAAACCUAAGAAAGGGAUUGAAUUUCUUAUAAAUGCAAACAAGGUGGGCAACUCACCUGAGGAGAUAGCAACUUUUCUAAAAAAUGCAUCUGGUUUGAGCAAGUCUUUGAUAGGUGAUUAUCUAGGAGAAAGGGAAGAGUUAUCAUUGAAAGUAAUGCAUGCAUAUGUGGAUUCUUUUGACUUCCAAGGCAUGGAGUUUGAUGAGGCGAUUAGGGCCUUUCUUCAAGGCUUUAGGUUGCCUGGUGAGGCACAGAAGAUUGAUCGAAUCAUGGAAAAGUUUGCUGAGCGCUAUUGCAAAUGUAAUCCAAAGGCUUUUAUUAGUGCUGACACAGCCUAUGUUCUUGCUUACUCUGUUAUAAUGCUUAAUACUGAUGCUCAUAACCCUAUGGUGAAGAACAAGAUGUCGGCUGAUGAUUUUAUAAGAAACAAUCGUGGCAUAGAUGAUGGAAAAGAUUUACCUGAGGAGUACCUGAGGUCAUUAUUUGAACGAAUAUCAAGAAAUGAGAUUAAAAUGAAGGAAGAUAACUUGGCUCUUCAACCAAAACAGUCUAUGAACUCGAACAGACUUCUAGGCUUGGACAGCAUCCUCAAUAUAGUGAUCCGUAAGCGUGGAGAAGACAAAUUUAUGGAAACCAGUGAUGAUCUUAUUAGGCACAUGCAGGAACAAUUUAAAGAAAAAGCACGCAAAUCUGAGUCAGUUUAUUAUGCUGCAACAGAUGUGGUGAUCCUUAGAUUCAUGAUUGAGGUAUGCUGGGCUCCUAUGUUGGCUGCAUUCAGUGUUCCGCUAGACCAAAGUGAUGAUGAGGUAGUAAUAGCUCUGUGUCUUGAAGGGUUCCGGUAUGCAAUUCAUGUUACUGCUGUGAUGUCCAUGAAGACACAUAGAGAUGCUUUUGUGACUUCCCUAGCCAAGUUUACCUCUCUCCACUCUCCUGCUGAUAUCAAGCAGAAAAACAUUGAUGCAAUUAAGGCAAUAGUUACAAUCGCUGAUGAAGAUGGGAAUUACUUACAAGAAGCUUGGGAGCAUAUUUUGACAUGUGUUUCUAGAUUUGAGCAUCUACAUCUCUUGGGAGAAGGUGCUCCUCCAGAUGCCACUUUUUUUGCCUUUCCUCAGAAUGAGCCAGAAAAAUCAAAACAAGCUAAGUCCACUAUCCUUCCCGUUUUGAAAAAAAAGGGACCUGGAAAGAUUCAGUAUGCAGCUUCAACUGUGAUGCGGGGUUCCUAUGAUAGUGCUGGUAUUGGUGGCAAUGCUUCAGGGGCAGUCACCUCUGAACAGAUGAACAAUUUAGUCUCUAAUUUAAACAUGUUAGAACAAAUUGGUAGUUCUGAAAUGAAUCGCAUAUUCACACGGAGUCAAAAGUUAAACAGUGAGGCAAUAAUAGACUUUGUUAAGGCCCUUUGCAAGGUUUCUAUGGAGGAAUUGCGAUCUGCAUCUGAUCCACGUGUUUUCAGCCUUACAAAGAUGGUUGAGAUUGCGCACUAUAACAUGAACCGCAUUAGGCUUGUGUGGUCAAGCAUCUGGAAUGUGCUCUCUGAUUUCUUUGUAGCCAUUGGCUGUUCUGAAAACCUUUCUAUUGCAAUAUUUGCAAUGGAUUCUUUACGCCAGUUGUCUAUGAAAUUUUUAGAGCGAGAAGAAUUGGCUAAUUAUAAUUUCCAAAAUGAGUUUAUGAAACCUUUUGUUAUUGUUAUGCGCAAGAGUAGUGCUGUUGAAAUCAGAGAACUAAUUAUCAGAUGUGUCUCACAAAUGGUGUUAUCUCGUGUCAACAAUGUUAAAUCUGGAUGGAAGAGCAUGUUCAUGGUCUUCACGACUGCAGCUUAUGAUGACCACAAAAACAUUGUUCUAUUGGCCUUCGAAAUAAUUGAGAAGAUUGUGCGAGAUUACUUCCCAUACAUUACCGAGACUGAAACCACCACCUUUACAGACUCUGUGAAUUGCCUGAUUGCAUUCACCAACAAUAGAUUUAACAAAGAUAUUAGCCUCAAUGCUAUUGCCUUUCUUCGGUUCUGUGCAACAAAACUUGCUGAAGGAGAUCUUGGCUCCUCAUCAAGGAAUAAGGAGAAGGAAGCUUCUGCAAAGGCUUUGUCUCCGACAGGAAAAGAUGGUAAACAAGAGAAUGGAGAGAUGGCAGAUAAGGUUGAUCACCUCUAUUUCUGGUUCCCUUUGUUGGCUGGUUUGUCAGAACUUAGCUUUGACCCUAGGCCUGAAAUCAGGAAGAGUGCCUUACAAGUGCUGUUUGAGACCUUACGCAACCAUGGUCACCAUUUCUCACUUUCUUUGUGGGAACGAGUGUUUGAAUCGGUUCUAUUUCCAAUAUUUGACUACGUUCGACAUGCCAUUGAUCCUUCUGGGGGGAACUUGCCAGGGCAGGGAACUGAUAGUGAAACAGGUGAUCUUGAUCAAGAUGCAUGGCUCUACGAGACAUGCACAUUGGCCCUCCAACUAGUUGUAGAUCUUUUUGUUAAAUUUUAUAACACAGUCAAUCCACUUUUGAGAAAAGUGUUGAUGCUUCUUGUGAGCUUUAUUAAGCGUCCUCACCAAAGCCUUGCUGGUAUUGGUAUUGCUGCAUUUGUCCGUUUGAUGAGCAAUGCAGGGGAUCUGUUUUCUGAGGAAAAGUGGCUUGAAGUGGCUUUGUCAUUGAAAGAAGCUGCUAAUGCCACAGUUCCUGAUUUCUCUUUCAUUCUCAGUGAGCAUGCUUUACCUAGAGAAAAUAAUGGGGAAUCUGGGGAGUCUGAUGUGUCUGGCAUGCCGGAUAAUGAUUCAGAGAGCCUGAGGACACACCAUUUCUAUGCUUCUUUGACUGAUGCUAAGUGCCGAGCUGCUGUUCAACUUUUAUUGAUUCAGGCAGUGAUGGAAAUCUACAACAUGUUUCGGUCUCACCUUUCAGCAAAAAAUGACUUGGUCCUCUUUGUUGCUAUGCAUGAUGUGGCAUCCAAUGCUCAUAAGAUCAAUAGCAAUGCUGUCCUACGUUCAAAGCUUCUAGAGUUUGGCUCAAUGACCCAAAUGCAAGACCCUCCACUAUUGCGGCUUGAGAAUGAGUCUUACCAAAUUUGCUUCACACUCUUACAGAAUCUUAUACUGGAUAGGCCUCCAAGUUAUGAUGAGGCUCAAGUGGAAUCCUACCUUGUUGACCUUUGCCAGGAGGUCUUGCAGUUUUAUAUUGAAACUGCUCAGUCAGUACAGAUGUCUGUAUCAUCCCUUGGGCAGCCCCAGUGGCCAAUUCCCUUAGGUUCUGGGAAACGGAGAGAAUUGGCUGCUCGUGCACCUCUUAUUGUUGCCACUCUCCAGGCUGUCUGCAGUCUGGAAGAGCAUUCAUUUGAGAAGAACUUGGAUCGGUUCUUCCCCUUACUUUCAAGCUUGAUAAGUUGUGAACAUGGGUCAAAUGAGGUCCAGGUAGCCCUCAGUGAUAUGCUUAGCUCGUCAGUUGGUCCUAUUUUGCUUCGGUCGUGUUGAUUUUAGUAAAGAUAGGACCCAGUGUUUUAAGAUGUAUGAUAUUGUUUAUCCAAAGUCUUGUAGUUCAAUUUUCUUUUUAGUUUUGUGAUAAUUAUUAUCGGAAAUAUAGCUUCAUAGUGUAUGAGAGUUAGCCUUGGUUUUGGAUUGGCUAGUGCUUCUGAAUCUUCUGUAGUUUAUUCAGGGGUGCGGCUGCAUUCAGAAUUAUAGAUGUUUAUCAGGAAUUCUAAAGUUGUAUGUUAGUGAAAUACUCUUUUUUUUAUUCUCUUUUACAGUUCCAAAACAAUACUUUCUUGUAAAAAAAUUGAUAUUCAUAUUCAGAUUUCAGAGCAUAAAUGAGGUUUCCCUAUA